GCUAAGUAGAACUACUAAUUGCACUUGCGGAAACUGAAGAGAAGGAACUUCCGUAUUGAUAUCUCCCCGACUCACUUCCUAGUUCCUAACCGUCCCUUUCUUUCUUGAAGUGCGAACAGUACAGUCCUCUUACAACACCAGAAAAAUCACAUCACCUCCCUUUUGCUUUGAUUUCCUUCUUCUUCUUUAUUUUCUUCUAGGGUUUCUUCUUGAAAGCUGAAAUGGGUUCUACUUCAACAUCAUCAUCUUCAAAGAUUUCUUGCUUUCAAUGUGAAGAGACCAGCUCCAGCUUUGACCAUUUCAGAAAUGGCUGGCGCCUUCGCAGUGGCGAGUUUGCUCAGCUCUGCCCCCGCUGCGCUUCCAUUUAUGAGGAAGGAAAGUUCUGUGAGGCUUUCCACUCAAACGAUGAUGGUUGGAGGGAUUGUGAAUCUUGUGGUAAGUUGGUCCAUUGUGGAUGUAUUGUCUCAUUUAAUGCAUAUUUGCUGUUGGAUUUUGGUGGAGUAAUCUGCAUGGAGUGCUCAAGGAUUAAUUUUGCUCUGGCACGAAGCAGAUGCCUGUUUCUUGAAGGUCAGCCAGAUAUCACCAGGCAAACUGUCAUAGAGCCUCAAUACCGGCCUCGAAGCAGUGAGAUGGAAGUGCAACAGAUAUCCAGAAAUUUUGAAUGUGUGGUCACUCCUUUAUUUUGAGAAACUG